CAAUGUGUCAAGUUUGACUGGUUUAAAUUUGUCAACAAGGGUCGCAGUGAAAUGACGCAGCAGUUCUGAAAUUAAGCCCCUCCGUGCAGCUGGACAUGGCGGCGCUGCUACUUAGAGCACUGCGGACUGGAAGGACACUGCGGGGGCUGGGUUCAGCUGUAGCUGCACCUGCCACAUCUACCCCCCGGUGCAGCAGUCUGACACAAGGCUUCCACAGUACAGCACUGAGGCUUCAGGAUGAAUCCAAAUCUGACAAAUCAUCCUCAUCCUCAUCCUCAUCCACCAGCUACCAUGAACAUUAUCAGGCUCAUCCGGCAGACCAGGACACAACAGCAGCAUCACAUGGAGCUUCUGCAGACGAUCCAUCAACAGCAGAUGCUUCUAGAGCAAACACCAGCUACCAGGAUCAGAGUGGAGAGCAGAGUGAAGAGUAUGAAACGGAGGAACAGCUUCAAGCUCGAAUCCUAACUGCAGCUCUGGAGUUUGUUCCUCUCCACGGCUGGACAGUUGAUGCCAUUGCAGCAGGUGCAGAGACACUGGAGCUGUCUUCUGCGUCCACUGGUAUGUUUAACAACGGAGCUGGAGACUUGGUCCUGCAUUUCAUCGCGCAAUGCAAUUCACAGCUGACUGAGAUCCUGGCUGAACAAAACAAUCAGGUCCAGCUGGGCCAGGCUGAACAAAAGAAAACAGCUGACUUUCUGAGAGAUGCUGUGGAGACCAGACUUAGGAUGAACAUCCCCUAUAUUGACACAUGGCCACAGGCAAUGAGUAUUCUGCUGCUCCCAUACAACAUCCCUGACAGUCUGAAGCACCUGUCCACCAUGGUGGACGACAUAUGGUACUAUGCUGGAGACAGAUCCACAGAUGUGAGUGGAUCCUAUCAUCACCCCCGAUCCCCUCCUACUUCUGCUCACACCUUCUUGUCCCCCUUUCAUCAGCAUCCCCAUAAAAUCCGGCCUGCCACCUUACAGAUGAACUGGUAUACCAAACGUGCGGCACUGACAGGCAUCUACAACACCACAGAGCUGGUGAUGCUGCAGGAUUCCUCUCCAGACUUCCAGGACACCUGGAACUUUCUUGACAACCGUAUUCAGGACAUGGCCAACAUGGCCACCUCUGCUAAACAGGUACAGUCGACCGGUGAAGCUGUUGUGCAGGGAUUUAUGGGAGCUGCUGUAACACUGAAAAACCUGACAGGUUUGAACCAGAGGCGAUAAUCACUCACACUGUUCUUCAAAGAACAUCCAACUUGUUUGAUGAGCUGUAGAUCAAUAAAUCUAAUUAUAUUUUGUUCAUCUCCCCUUGUAUAAAAAGUAACCCAGAUUUGUCAUUAUGCUGUUGGAGCAAAUGGUAUUAAAAUAAAGAUAUAUUAUUGUACUUUUUACAUUUGUAUUUGUUCUAUGUAAUAAAUGAUAAAGCGGG